CAGCAGAAGGAGAAACAGAAGUUUUAAGGAACUUCUGCAUGAAAGUGUUUGAUGUCUUAAUAUUAAACAUCAAAGUGAUGAAUGUUGAACAUGCUGAAAGAAAAUCUACUUUUAAUUUACACACGCACACACACGCACACACACACACUGGUCUCAGUCCAGCCUCUCAUUAGAACUCAGCUCGACAUCAACCAAUCAGACGGAAGUGAAGUGAAGUCUAUCACCCAACCACAGACUGCAGUCUCUUCUCUGAGGCCCCGCCCACAGGGUGUAUAUAAAGACCUGUCAGAGACCAGGACCAGGAGCUGAUCCAGGAGCUGAUCCAGGACCAGGAGCUGAUCCAGGACCUGAGCCUGAUCCAGCAGCUAUCCGAGCUUGUGGCCUGCCUGUCCUGAUGGUGGUGGAGGUUAGAGGAGGUGUGGGGGUGAUGGAGGGGAACCAGCCGAGGGUGGAGGUGAACGUCCUGCUGCUGGGAGCUCACAGCGUCGGAAAAUCAGCUCUCACAGUCAGGUUUCUGACCCGGAGGUUUAUCGGAGAGUACGGAGACAUCGAGUCAGUUUACAGUCGAGUGGACCGGAUGGACGGUCAGGACGUCUGCUUCAACGUCUGGGACUCUCCCUACACACAGGACAGUGAGAGGAGUCCGGCGCUCCCUGACAAACAGCUGCAGUGGGCUGACGGCAUCGUCCUCGUCUACAGUAUCUGCGACCGCCGCAGCUUCCAUGUUGUCCGCCAGCAGCUGCAGCUCAUCCGGCGCAGCAGGAAGCCGUCGUCCGUCCCCGUCGUUGUUGUUGGGAACAAACGGGACCUUCACUGUCAUCGCAGUGUCUCCAGCGAGGAGGGACGGCUGCUCGCUCUGUCCCAACACUGCGGUUUCUUCGAGGUGUCGGCGGCCGAGACGUACGAAGACGUCCUGCUGGUGUUUCAGCGGCUUGUCCAUCUCAUCAGAGAGAGCCGGGCGCUGAGGAAGAGCUCGGCAGGUGUGCGACGGAUUGUCCGGAGCGUGUCGGCCGUGUUUGGAAAGAAGCGGGGCGAGUAGGCCAGAAGGAAAAAACUCACUUUAUUUUGAACUUUGUGUUUACUGGGUGAAGACCAGCGUGGCUGAGCUGAACUGGACACGCAGAACACCAAGAACCGGCCCAUGUUACCCAGCAACAGUCGGAACACAGCCGCGCAGCAGAGCAAAUAUGCAACUUAGGCUAAUGUUAGCACGACCAGUGAGAGGCAGCUCACAGUCGCCUCCUGUCAGCGGACGUGUGAAAACAAAUCCAUCCCUGACUUUCUUCCUAGAUGAGACUGGAAAAAGUUAGCUAGCUGUUAGCAUUAUUACCAGGUUCUCAGGUGAGCGAAGUGUGGUGGAGUAAGACUUCCGCUGCUGAUGUUAGCUUCUUAGCAUGAAGGUGUUAAACAUUAAUGUUAGAGAGCCCUGUGAUAAACACUCCUGUUAAUCAUGUCAUAUUUAAUUAUCCUGUUUCUGUCUCGCAGUCGACUGAAAGUGUUUCAGUCGUUUUCAUCUUCAUUUAAUCAAAUUCUGACAAAACUGAGUCUUCAUUUAAUGUAGACACACACCUUCUGUGAGAUGUUUGUCAGUACCAUGUAUUCAGAUUCAUUUUGACGCUGGUCGAGGCAGACAACCGCUGACCGCUGAGUCGGGUUCUACUCGAGGGUUCUUCCUGUUAAAGGCGGUUCUCCUGUCGUCACUGUCGCCCAGUGCUGCUCGUGGGGAAAUGUUGUUUGUUAUCACAUGAAUCACAGAGUUCUGAUUGUUUGUGCUCAGUUUGGAAAGUGUUGUGAUGACUUCAGAAGUUCCUUUUAAUGUUAAUGUGAAGGACCAAACACUGGACGCACCGUCAGCAUGAUUAAUAAACAAAAACAUAUUUAAUUAAAUUAA